AUGGUGGAUGAGGAGCACCUGAAAUCCGACAAAGACCGGGACAUCAAUGUGCGGAUCCCAUUCCGCUUCAUGCAGCAACCGAAUGAUGCAAUUGGGCAAGGAACCCUUAGCGAGGCGACGCGAGUGCGCCGCCGGCAGCCGCCACGGCCGCAGCGCUUCCGCCUGCCUGCUCUGGGGGCGCGCACAGUGCCAGCUGACGCCUCGGACCGCUGCCGCCGGCGCCGAGGCGCGCCUACCACAGGUGUACCGGAUUUGGCUGUCAGCAUGCGGACCCUACUCUUUGCGUUGGCAGCGCUGCUCCAUGCAGUGGUGGCGGCGGCGGCGGGGGCGGCGACCGGCUCCGGCCCCCUGCGCGGUCCCGUGCUGGUGCAGGAACCGCCGGCCAGAGUGGUCUUCUCCAACACGACGGGCGCCCUGCUGCCCUGUUCCGCGCAUGGAAACCCGCCGCCAACGCUGCGCUGGCAGUCUGCGUCCGGCUCGGAGCUGUCGCCCGUGUCGGUGGCUGGUCUGCGCGCGGCGCUACCCGGCGGCUGGCUGCAGCUGCCGCCCUUCCCCGGCCGCCUCUUCCGGCCGGAGGUGCACGCCGCCGCCUACCGCUGCGCCGCCACCAACGUCGUCGGCUCCGUGGUCAGCCGCGCCGUCACCGUCCGCGCAGUGGUGUUGGACCAGCGGUACGAGGCGCAGGUGCACGACGAGUUCGUCAUCUCCGGCAACACGGCGGUCCUGCGCUGCCACGUGCCGGCCUUCGCGAGGGACUUCGUGUCCGUGAGCGGCUGGCUGAGGGGCGAGCCGCCUCGCGACCUCACCCCUGACGUCACAACAGGUGGUCGCUUCUCCGUGUUCCCCACCGGCGAGCUGCACGUCCGCUCCGCCACAGAGGAGGACGCGCGCGCCGGGCCCUACCGCUGCCGCACCGCGCAUGCGCUCUCCGGACACGCUGCCGUCAGCUCCACCGCCGGCAGGCUGGUGGUGACGGAGGCUCGCGGCUCGGUGGCGCCGCGCCUCACAGACACCCGGAGUCACGUGACCGCCAGGGCCAGGCAGCCAGCGGAGCUGCCCUGCGCUGCGCAGGCCUACCCGCUGCCCCAGUACACGUGGUACCGCGGCGGCGGCGACUCUGUGACGGCGGUGCUGCUGGGGGACCGCGUGCGCCAGGCGGGCGGCAGCCUCUACUUCCGGCAGGUGGCGCUGGCCGACGCCGGCCGCUACACCUGCCUCGUCAACAACUCCGUGGGCAUGCAGCGCGCGCUCACCACUCUGGUCGUCACAGCCCCGCUCUCGGCCCACGUGACCCCGCAGCAGCAGACGGUGUCCCUGGGACAGCCUGCCAACCUCAGCUGCACCACCGAGGGCCAUCCUCAGCUGGCUGUCUCCUGGCUCAAGGACGGACGACCCCUCAAGGUCUCGCAGAGGGUGCAGCUGCUCACCGACAAGAUCCUUAAAAUCUCGUAUGUUGAACUCGAAGAUCGUGGCAUGUACCAGUGUAUAGUCUCCAACAACGAUGACAACGCUCAAGGAACUGCUGAAAUCAGCCUCAGAGAGUGGCCGCCGGUGCUGGUGCGCACCUUCUCCGGCGCCACUGUGCGGCCGGGCGCGUCGUGGCGCGCCACGUGCGAGGCGGCGGGCUGGCCGCGGCCCCACGUGUCGUGGCUGCUGGACGGGGAGCCGCUGCCGGCGCAGCCGCCCGACGCGCAGGAGGAGGAGGCGGCCGGCAGCGGCGCCGUGGCGGUCUCCACUGUGCGCGUGGAGCGCGCGCGGCCGCGCGACGCCGGCCUCUACGAGUGCGUGGCGGCCAGCGCGGCGGGCAGCGCGUCGCACCGCGCCCGCCUGCACGUCGCCGGGCCGCCGCACGUCCGGCCCAUGGCCGACCGGCGCGUCGCCGCCGGCGCCACGGCGCACUUCACCUGCCGCGUCGCCGGCUUCCCCGUCACGCAGAUCCGCUGGGAGCGCGACGGUAAGUCUCUGCCGCAGAAUGAGAGGCAACAGGUGUUUCCAAACGGUACUCUGGUAAUCAAAGAGGCGGACGAGCAGGACUCCGGGGGCUACGUCUGUGUCGCCUCGAACCCUGAUGGUCUCACCUCCAGGAGCAAACUCAACGUCCAGGUUAUGGAACCACCUGAGAUACAUCCGUUUACGGUGAAGCCGAACUUGCAGCGCGGCAUGAGGAUCCACCUGACCUGCGUGGUUAUCAGAGGGGACUUCCCCAUCACGUUCCACUGGCUGAAGGACGGGGCGGACCUGCCGCAAGACAGCGGCAUCACGGAGAAGACACUGGACGAGUACUCGAGCACUCUGGCCAUUAGCCGGCUGGCAUCCCACCACUCCGGUAACUACACGUGCACCGCGGCCAACGCCGUCGCCACCGCCAGGCACACAGCAGAGGUCGUCGUCAGCGUGCCACCUUCGUGGAAAACUGAACCCCAGGAUGCAGAGGUAGUAGAAGGCGAGAACCUGACCAUUCCAUGCUCCGCUUCCGGUACUCCAACACCGAAGAUAUCGUGGAAGAGACGGGACGCAGAGAGUUCAGCCCCAGGAACCGAGGAAAUGCAUACGUCCGUCAACUAUGGGGUUCUAGAAAACGGCAGCCUGUGGAUCGCGAACGUGACGGCAGAUCACGCGGGCGGCUACGCCUGUGAGGCCUCCACCGACGCCAGCUCGUCUCUCAGCAAGACCGUUCGCCUCACAGUGCACCUGCCUGCCCGGCUGUCGGCGACGGCGGCCAACGUGACGGUGGCGGCGGGCGGCCCGCGCUGGGCGCUGUCCGAGCAGCCGCUGCAGGCGGGCCUGCGCUCCGCGCUCACGCUCACCGGCGCGCGCCGGCACGACUCGGCCGGCUUCGAGUGCCGCGCCUCCAACCGCUACGGCAGCGACCUGCGCCGGAUGCGCCUCGUCGUCCAGGAAACGCCGGAAGUUCCGGCGGGGCUCACCGUGCUCGCCGUCUCCAGCAGGGCGGCCAACCUCACCUGGCAGCAGCCCUACGACGGCAACAGCCCCAUAUUGGAGUACAUAGUCCAGUACAAGACCGGAAACGGGUCGUGGCAGCAGGGGGUGUCGCAGGUGUCCACCCCUGGCGGGCGCACGUGGGCCUCGGUGACUGGCCUGUUGCCCGGCCGGCGCUAUGAGGUGCGCGUGCUGGCUCGCAACAUUCUAGGGCUUUCCAAGGCACCGCCCACGCCAGGAGUGGCGCUGGACACGGCACAGGAACCUCCAGGAGCGCCGCCCACGCACCUCUCCGUUCUUCCGCAAGGCUCCCAGACGCUGCUUGUAGAAUGGAAGCCGCCAGACGGCGACCGACACGGCGACGUGCUGGGCUACCGCGUCGAGUUCUGGCAGGUGGAGGCGCCGCAGCAGCGCCAGCGGCGGACGCUGGAGGCGGCGGAGGGCGCCCCGUCGCCGCUGAGGCUGCGCCUGGAGGCGCUGCGCAAGGCCACGCAGUACGCGGUGCGCGUGCGAGCCUACAACGCGGCGGGGGAUGGGCCGCCGGGCACGGAGGUGCUCGCCGCCACUGCCGAGGACGUGCCCGAGGCGGCGCCGCUGGGUGUGCAGUGCGUGGCGGCGUCCCCACAGAGCCUCCUGGUGGAGUGGGAGCCGCCGCCAGAGAACAAGCUGAACGGCCGCCUUCUGGGCUACCGCCUCUUCUACAGGCCGCUCGCCGAGUGGGACGACGUGUCGGCUCCCUCUGAGAUCUCGACGCAGGACACGAAGCUGGAGGUGACGGGCCUGCUGCGCUUCUGCAACUACAGCCUGGAGGUGCGCGCCUACACCGCUGCCGGCGACGGAGUGCCCAGCGAGCCCGUCUUCUGCAGGACCUGGGAGGACGUUCCUAGUCCACCAGACGACAUUAAAGCUGUUGUAAUGGACACCAGGACAAUCCUUCUUUCAUGGAAACCGCCGGCAUUUCCGAAUGGGGUUAUUAGAAAGUACAAGAUAUACAUUCGGUCACUUGAUGGAGCCGCUUUGCACCGGGACGAGUUCGAGGCGCCGGCGGGCCAGACGCACUACGGGCUGUCCCACCUGGCGCCGCUGCACCGCUACGAGAUGAGGGUGACGGCGGCCACAACGGCAGGGGAGGGCGCCCCCAGCCGACCGGUCGUGCAGGCGCCCUCGGACCAGGUGCCGGCGCGUGUCGCGUCCUUUGGCGGUGUGGUGCACGCGGCGCGCGGCUCCCGCCUCAGCCUGCCGUGCCUCACCGUGGGCAGACCUCGGCCCGCCAUCGUCUGGACUCACGGGGAGCGGCCGGUGCAGGCGUCGCAGCGUCUCCACGUGGACGACGAGUGGACGCUGCACGUAGAGGGCGCGCAGCCGGCGGACGCCGGAAACUACUCGUGCCGCGCCGAGAACCGCCUGGGCAGCGACUCGCUGCUCUACACGGUCACCGUCCACGAGGUCAGGAACAAGGACAUUCCCAGCACACCUGAAGAUUUUCACGUAUCUUCCACAACUAUUUCUUCCAUCACUCUUGCUUGGAGGCUACCAGAAGGGGGCCAGAAGCUCGCAGCAAUUACAGACUACUGCCUGCAUUACAAGAGAGAAUUUGGCGAGUGGGAGAAGAUAAAGAUUCCUGGAACAGAGACGAGCUUCACGCUGGGGGGCCUGCAGUGCGGCGCUAAGUACCUGCUCUACCUGCAGGCGGAGGGCCGCCGCGGCGACAGCCACCCCACAGACACCAUAGCGGCGCGCACCCAGGGCGCAGCGCCGGAGGCGCCACCGCAGUCGGAGCUGCUGGUGGUGAACGCGACGCGCGUGUCGCUGGUGGUGUCGGCGUGGCGCACGGGCGGCUGCUCCAUCUCGACGCUGGUGGUGGAGUACCGGCGGUGGGACCGCGCCGGCUGGACGCUCGUGUCCAACAGCGUGCCGCACGCCGACGCGCCCUUCUCCGUUCUCGACCUGCGGCCCGCCACGCGCUACCUGCUGCGCCUCACGGCGCACAACAGCGCCGGCUCCACCGUCGCCCUCUACGACUUCGUCACUCUCGACGACGAGACAGGUGUCGUCGCUCCAGAGCUAAUUGUACAGGCUGGCUGGAGAAACGGCCAUUUCUGGAGAAAUCCCGCCAUCAUUGUUACUCUUAUAGCUGUCCUCGUGGCUUUUAUCGUCGCUGGAGUGGUGCUCUUCUCGUACUUACGUAGGAAACGAGAAAGGUUCCCAGCAGGGAGGAAAGAGUCAGCGUCGGCAGAGGGGGAGGACGUGGCGGGCCUCAGGGAGAAGGCGGGCUACGUGAGCGGGAACGGCGUGCUGUCGCGCCACUGCCGCAGCCACAGCGACCUGCAGCAGCAGCAGCAGCAGAGGACGCAGCUGGCGCUGCAGCCGCUGCACCACCAGGCCGCGCGCCACGGAGCCGGCAGCGCCACGCCCUCCUCCGCCCACCUCUACGCCACGUUCCGCCUCGCCGAGGAGCGCCGCCUGCGCUGGCAGCAGGACGAGCUUGGCGACCCCAGGGAGCACCACCAGCUGGAGCUGCAGUCGGAGCCACAGGACUGGGCACCCCUGCGCAGCCUCCAUCUGGCCCAUAAGUACUGAAUGAGUGGGGCACUGCAGAGCCUCCACCUGUCCCCCAAGUACGGAACGAGUGGGGGGCCACUCCGCCCUGCCGCCUCGCCAUGUCAAGUGCCUUAACCCAACAAGCCACCCGCCCCCUAAGCUGCCACCGAACAGGCUGGCUGAGCUGCUACUGGCCCUAACUGAUACGACUGUUGCUGCUAAUUCAGUCUAAGUGGGAAAUCUUCAGUUAUCCUGGAUCAUAUUUUUUUUUCCUGUCCAACGUACGACGAACUGAACAGCUUAUCAUAUUCUAAGUAAGACGUCAUAAUACGAAUGUUCAUUAUUAAUUGCGUUUCACCAUUGUUUAUAUAUGUAACAAUAUAUCAAUAGUAUAAAUGUUCUGCUUAGCGAAGUGAAAGACAUCGCCCCAUCUGUUGAAUACCUGUUACCAUUUCUACUGUUUUCCUAAAAUACAUUGCAAAGAAGUAUGUAACGAAGAGUGGAAAUAUAUGUUGUGCUGCAUUA